AUGACCACUAGAUUUCUGUGGAGGGCCCUGAGCCUGCUGGCCCUACUCUGCACCAUCUCACGCUUCAGCUCCGCCGACAACCACCUGGACCCCUCAGCUCCAGAGCAGGGAGUCACCUUCAGCCACGUCUAUAAAAUCGACAUCCCAGGGAGCACCAGCUGCAAACUGGAGCGCCUGCCAACCCAGGAUGAAGCAGGUCUGCAGACAGAGACCACCGUGAAUGGAGAGAAUGACAUCACUUUCAGACACAACCUCAGGCUGCAAAUGCCCCAGUGUGACUGUACGGAGUCAGAAAGCUUCAAGUCUCUUUUGUACAGAGUUAAUGGGUUGGAAGAAGAAGUCAACUACCUGAAGACCCAGUGUGCUCAGGGAUGUUGUGGAAGAGGUGGCGCUGCAGGUGUGGACACAAGCUGUAGUGGCCAUGGUACCUACCAACAUGACACCUGCAGCUGCCUCUGUAACCCUGGAUGGGAAGGCCCAGACUGCUCAGUGUCCUCCUGCCCUGACGAAUGCAAUGACAAUGGCCGUUGUGUGGAUGGGAAGUGUGUCUGCCAUCAGGGCUAUACAGGAGAUGACUGCAGCCAGUUGUUGUGUCCAGACAACUGCAACGACAAGGGACACUGCGUGGAUGGAAAAUGUGUAUGCUUCCCGCACUUCACUGGCGAGGACUGCAGCAUCCAAAAAUGUCCCAAUGACUGCAUUGGUAAUGGCCGCUGUGUGGAUGGGCUGUGCAUCUGUGAUGAAGGCUUCCAUGGGGAGGAUUGUUCAUUAGUCUUCGGUCCUCAGGGUCUGCGGCUGGUCCGGGUGACUGACGUCUCUCUCCUGGUCGAGUGGGAGUCUGUUCGUGGGGCGCAGUAUUACACUCUGACAUAUCAUCCCAAAGGUGAUGAGAGUGCCCUGCAGCAGGUUCGAAUUCCCAACACAGAAAACUCAUACCUCAUCACAGGACUGGUUCCUGGGGUCACCUACAUUGUCCAUGUAUAUGCUGUCAUCAAAGACAUCCAAAGUGAAGCAGACAGAAUUGAGGCUACCACAGAUGUAUCCGCUAUCAAUGAUAUCCGAGUUCUUGGUCAGACAGAAGUCUCUAUCGAGGUGGACUGGAAGAACCCACAAGCUGAAGUGGAUCACUUCAGGCUCACACACACUGACCCAGCAGGCCAAGAGGAAGAAAUGAACAUCCAGAUGAGUCAAGAGGCACGAACCAAACACACUAUUGUGGGUCUGUAUCCAGGGACAGAGUAUCUGAUCUCAGUGCAGGCCAUCAAAGGAACCACUGAAGGAAAAUCUUCCUCUGUCACGGGUGCCACAGACAUUGACGCUCCUACAAAACUUGUCACCACCGAGGUAACAGAGGACACUGCAACUGUUUCAUGGGAUCGAGUCCAGGCAGAAAUAGAUGGCUAUAUGUUGAGCUACACCUCUGAUGAUGGGUCCAGUUCUGAGAUCCCUGUAGGACGUGACAGCACCUCUUACAGGCUGGUUGGCUUGAGACCAGGAGUUCUCCACACUGUCUACAUCUGGGCCUACAAGGGAGAUAAAGUCAGCAGGAAGACGUCAACAGAAGCUGAAACAGAGAUGGACGCUCCAACUAACGUCUUGACGCAAGAUGAAACAGAGACCAGCUUCAGAGUAUCAUGGGAUCGUGUCCAAGCAGAAAUUGAUGGCUACGUCCUAACCUACAGCUCUUCUGAGGGUUCUAGUGGGGAAAUCCCAGUUGGGGCAGACAGCACCUCUUACUUGCUGACUGGCCUGAGACCUGGGGUCCUCUACACUGUCUACAUCUGGGCCAUCAAGGGAAAAAAAGCCAGCAUGAAGAUCUCAACUCAAGCUGAGACAGAACUGGACGCUCCUGCUAACCUCUUAGCCCGAGAUGAAACAGAGUCCAGCUUCAGUGUAUCAUGGGAUCGUGUCCAGGCAGAAAUUGAUGGCUACGUCCUAACCUACAGCUCCUCUGAGGGCUCUAGUGGGGAAAUCCCUCUGGGACCAGACAGCACCUCUUACAGUCUGAAUGGCUUGAGGCCUGGAGUCCUCUACACUGUCUACAUCUGGGCCAUCAAGGGAAACAAAGCCAGCAGGAAGAUCUCGACACAAGCUGAGACAGAAAUGGAUGCUCCUGCUAACCUCUUAGCCCGAGAUGAAACAGAGUCCAGCUUCAGUGUAUCAUGGGAUCGUGUCCAGGCAGAAAUUGAUGGCUACGUCCUAACCUACAGCUCCUCUGAGGGCUCUAGUGGGGAAAUCCCUCUGGGACCAGACAGCACCUCUUACAGUCUGAAUGGCUUGAGGCCUGGAGUCCUCUACACUGUCUACAUCUGGGCCAUCAAGGGAAACAAAGCAAGCAGGAAGAUCUCGACACAAGCCGAGACAGAACUGGAUGCUCCUGCUAACCUUUUAGCCCGAGAUGAAACAGAGUCCAGCUUCAGUGUAUCAUGGGAUCGUGUCCAGGCAGAAAUUGAUGGCUACGUCCUAACCUACAGCUCCUCUGAGGGCUUUAGUGGGGAAAUCCCUCUGGGACCAGACAGCACCUCUUACAGUCUAAAUGGCCUGAGGCCUGGAGUCCUCUACACUGUCUACAUCUGGGCCAUCAAGGGAAACAAAGCCAGCAGGAAGAUCUCGACACAAGCCGAGACAGAACUGGAUGCUCCUGCUAACCUCUUAGCCCGAGAUGAAACAGAGUCCAGCUUCAGCGUGUCAUGGGAUCGGGUGCAGGCAGAAAUCGAUGGCUACGUCCUAACCUACAGCUCCUCUGAUGGCUCUAGUGGGGAAAUCCCAGUUGGGCCUGACAGCACCUCUUACAGUCUGACUGGCCUGAGGCCUGGAGUCCUCUACACUGUCUACAUCUGGGCCAUCAAGGGAAUCAAAGCCAGCAGGAAGAUUUCAACAGAAGCUGAGACAGAUAUCGAUGCCCCACGGGACCUGAAGGCCAUAGAUGUGACACUGGACUCUGCUUCUUUGACCUGGAUGGCUCCUCUGGCUGACAUUGAGGGGUACAUCCUCACCUACAGAGCUGAGGAUAGCACAAUGGAGACUGUUGAAAAGCAGCUCGGAGCUGGUGAGAGCAGUUUUGCUCUAUCUAGUCUAGAGAUGAGCAAGAGAUAUAUCGUCACCAUUAUUGCUUACAAGGGAAACAAGAGAAGCAAGGUGGUAGAGACCAUCUUCAGAACAGUUGGUCUUGUCUAUCCAUUCCCCAUGGACUGUGUUCAGAUCAUGAAGAAUGGCAAUACGAAGAGUGGCAUCUACACUGUCUAUAUCAACAAUGACCGCUCCAAACCAAUACAAGCCUACUGCGACAUGGACACUGAUGGAGGCGGCUGGCUGAUGCUGCAGCGCCGUACCACUGGCAGGUUGGACUUUAUGAAACGCUGGAGACAGUACAUUGCAGGUUUUGGCAACAUGACAGACGAGUUCUGGAUUGGUCUGGAUAAGAUAUAUGAGCUCACCAAUACUCCCACCCAGUAUGAAGUGAGGUUUGACUUGGGACUUGGAUCAGAGAGAGCAUACGCUGUGUACGACAACUUUCAGAUCGCCCCAGUCAAGCAGAAGUUCAAACUCACAAUCGGCAAAUACCGUGGGAAUGCAGGUGAUGCUAUGACCUACCACCAAGGGCGACCCUGGACAACUGUUGACUCAGAUAACGACAUCGCCCUGGGUAACUGUGCCCUGACUCACCGUGGUGCUUGGUGGUACAAAAACUGUCACCUGGCCAACCUCAAUGGAAAAUGGGGUGACACCAGGCACAGUAUGGGAGUGAACUGGGAACCAUGGAAGGGCCACCUGACACCCCUCGACUUCACAGAGAUGAAGAUACGACCUGUGGGAGCCUUGUCUAGCCGGAAAAGGCGAUCGUUGAUGGCCAGAGAGAAGAGCAGAAACACAAUCCUCCAAAAGAAAUAG